AUGAAUCAAAGACAAACAAACAAUACAUUGGAAGAUAUUAGACAAUCGAUUGAAAAUAAUUUCGGAGCAAAUACAAUUUAUUCUAAGCCAGACAAAAAUGGUCAUUCAUUAGUUACUGAUCAAUCUUUAUCUGAGAAUGAUUUUGAUAAUUGUAUAAUAAAUGAAAUUCAUAUAGUAAAUAAUGGUCAUGUGUUUAGUGAAGAUAAUUGGAAAAAAGUGAUAACUAUAGCUGAAGGAAAUACCAAUUUUGAUGCUAUUGGACAAUUUGGUGUUGGUUUCUUUUCAAUUUUUUCUUAUUCCGAACGACCAAUAAUUCAAUCUGGAAAUCAUUGUUUAGUAUUCGUUUGA